AUGCGGGCAACGCCCUCGCUGAUGGCCAAGGGCAUAUUCUCCCGAACAAUGGACGAGUUCAAGCGCCGCGCGAGCAUUGUCGCAAAAGCCGAAGGCAUCAAGGGCCCCUCGGGUCCCUACAUCCUCCAAGACUUCCGCGUACCGGGCUCGACCGACGACUGCAAACUCAUGUCUGACCAAGAGAUUGGCGGCUUCUCCCACAGCGCCCUCGAUUUGGUCUCCUCAUCCUUUCCGACGACGACGACGACGACGACAACAUCACCACAAAGCACACUGGCAACGAGCCCAGGCUACGCCCGCUUUCACGGCACGAUAUCGACCGACCUACCGAAAAAUGAACCAAAAAUCCAGCGCACAGGCUUCGCGGCGUGGCGAACGCCGGACCAGAAGCCGACGCUCUUCGGCAAGGCGGUCUGGGACAUUGACCCGUACUCGUACCUCGCGAUGCGCGUAAAAUCGGACGGCCGGAGCUACUUUAUCAACCUGCAGACAGACUCGGUGGUGCCAACGGACCUGCACCAGCACAGGCUGUUCGCCAAGCGGCCGGGGGAGUGGGAGACGGUGUUUAUCAAGUGGAACGACUUUGUGCGGACGAACCACGGCUUCGUUAUCGAGCCGCAGACGGAGAUGCUGAGGUCCAAGGUCACGACCGUUGGCGUGGGGCUUACGGAUCGGGUGCCGGGGCCGUUUGAGCUUUGCAUUGAGAGGAUUUGGGCGACGAAUGAUGUGGAUGAGGCCGAUGGGGGCAGUGAGGGCGAUAUUUUGGCUGCGCAGGAGGCGCGAGAGGCGAGGGAGAGCGAGUUGAGGAAUCGGCAGGGGAAGAGUGUCCGUUGGAAGGAGACAUAA